GAAGCAGCAGCUCUGUCGUCAGUGUCGGUAACAGCGACGAGGAAGUAGAUGCUUUUGCUGCUCAAAAACCCGCAUAAAUAGUAUAAACACGGAGAACAAAAAACCCAAGCGGAUGAGCUUUAUCAUUUCUAUUCCUGUUUAAAAAAAAAAAAAGAGACGGAGACGGAUUUAAAAGGACGUCGUCGUUGAUUUUUAUCCUUCCCCGUUCAGCCCUUUGUUUUUCUCUUCGCUUCGGCCACAAGAGGCGAGCAGCAGCGCAACAGCGCCCCCUGCGGAGAGACGAGGAACCGCUUCGAGGAUAGGGAGCCAAACCAGCGGCCGAGCAGCUGCCCCCCCCAGCGACGUGGGUCCCCGCAGCUCAGCUGUCCGAUGCGGGGUGAGGAUGAGUCCCGCGCUGGAAGCCCUCAUGCAGGCGGACGGGAAACCUUAUCCGGGGAAGGGGGUGAUGCUUGAGCCCUUCGUGCACCAGGUGGGCGGCCACUCCUGCGUGCUGCGGUUUGGGGAGCAGACCAUUUGCAAGCCCCUCAUCCCCCGAGAGCACCAGUUCUACAAGAACCUGCCACCAGACAUGAGGAAGUUCACCCCUCAAUAUAAAGGUGUUGUGUCUGUGAGUUUUGAAGAAGACGAGGAGGCGAACUUGUGUCUCAUUGCCUACCCCCUCCACAGCGAGUCGGGGGACCUGGAGAACAAAGACCCUUCAGCGGACUGUGAGCCCAAGAGCAAGAUGCUGAAGUGGAGCAACAAGAAACAGAAGUCUUCUUUGCUUCUGGAAAACGACAACUACAGCAAAGACAGAGCUAGACACAGCCGCAAAGAGGAAAAGAUUAUAAGCUAUAAUCGUGACGAGGUGUCGCAGCAGCAGGCUGAGGUUCUAUACUUCAGCUUGGAGAAGGGCAACGUGGUGCCACAGAUCAAACACAACCCCUGGAGUCUGAAAUGUCACCAGCAACAGUUGCAGAGGAUGAAGGAGAAUGCAAAACAUCGUAACCAAUACAAAUUUAUUCUUUUGGAAAACCUAACAUGGCGCUAUAGAGUACCAUGUGUGUUAGACUUGAAGAUGGGAACUCGCCAACAUGGAGAUGAUGCAUCAGAGGAGAAGAAAGCCAAUCAGAUUCGCAAGUGUCAACAGAGCACUUCUGCAUCUAUUGGGGUGCGACUUUGUGGCAUGCAGGUGUAUCAGUCAGACUCCGGCCAGCUGAUGUUCAUGAACAAGUACCAUGGGCGUAAGCUAACCCUUGCAGGAUUCAAGGAGGCUCUCUAUCAGUUCUUUCACAAUGGGCGCCGCCUUCGCCAUGAACUGCUUUCUCCAGUGCUGCGCAGGCUCCGGGAGAUGAAAGCGGCCCUGGAGGCUUGCGAGUCCUACCGCUUUUACUCCAGUUCCCUGCUCAUCAUCUAUGACGGCGACGCUCCCCGGGCGCCCACUAGACCUCGACAUCGAGGUGGCGAAGAAGGCGACGAGGACGACCCAUCUGAUGAAGAUGAUGAGGAGGAAGAGGAGGAGGAGGAAGAGGAAGAAGGGGCUUUUGGCUUCCCCUGUUCGUCUUCAGCCAGCGGCACCACCAGUGUGGCUGGAGGAAGCGGCAGCAGCAGCAGCCGCUCGUCCCACGGCGCAGGAGAGACCACCAGCCCCGAGGUGGACGUGCGCAUGAUUGACUUUGCUCACACCACCUGCCGGCACUACGGAGAAGACAGCGUUGUUCACGAAGGACAGGACAGCGGCUUUAUCUUCGGCCUCCAGAAUCUGAUCACAAUAAUUUCCCAGCUUGAGGAUCACGGCACUGACUGAGGCUGCACUAGAGCCAGCGUUGUCUAAAUUUCCAGCAUGGGAAGAGCUCACUGAGCUGAAACCUUGCUACACCCCAAAGGUGCUUUAUGCCUACGCAGGGGUCUGCUUGAUGGAAACCUCAGACGCCUCUUUGGGUGGAGAGGAAUCUGUGCAGUCGACCGUGCACUCCCACUUUACCUGCUAGAGGACAGGGCUGCUUGUGCCAUCCCCUCGCACCUUUCUCUUUCUAAGACUGAGACUUUUCUUUGUUAUACCCGGUAAGAGAAAUGUUGCUGGAGGCAGAGGUCUCUCAGAGGACUCUGCUCCCCUUCCCCUCCUCCGGUACAGAAGAGUAUCUUUAUUGGUUAAGUUCUCUCUAAGAGAGAGGCAGUGAAGGCUGAAGAUAUAAUUGACUCGGAGACUUUUGUGGUGCUUUACCUGUGAUAUUAUUGUUUGUUUGUUUGUUUGUUGUUGUUUUUUCCCCCAUGAAUCCUGGACUGCCUUUCCCAAUCAGCACAGCACGACUUGUGAGGGGGUUCACUAGUUAAAUGAACGAGCUGACCUUGGCUGGCUAGGUCAGCAGCUUUUGUAGCAUUUGGCAAAUUAAGACUCUGAUAAGUACAUUUUGUGUUUUUUAUAUUGAUGUCUCAUACGAUCCUUGUAAUAGACAUGGUCUCCAUGUCCUCCAAGCACUUGGAUUUAUACUUUUUGGUGAAAGAUUAUUUAGGUCUAGAAGAAGGGAUUUGCCUCUUUCUUUUUUUUUCCAACAGGUGUUUCUCACCUGCACAUCUGGCCUAAACCAAGACUUUUGGAAAGGGGAUGUCUUUUCUUUUUUGGGCUUUUCAUCAGAUCUUCUCGUUCAUUCCUUAAAAUUUGACAUAACAAAGAGAAUAUAUUGAUAAGAACACUAGCAACAAAGACUAUAGACUAUUUAUUUGAAAGGAUUGUUAAAAAAAUGGAACACAUUCCAUAUUUGCCACUAAAUGUUCUGUCCUGAUACAGACUUUGAUUUAUUUUGUUAUUGCAAGAAGUUUCUUGUGUACCUGUGUGUUAACAGUGUCAUGGAAAAUAAAGGCAUUUCAUUGUGGUAAAA